AUGGACGAGAGACACAAGGUCAGGCCCCAAACCACAUUGGACGAGAGACACAAGGUCAGGCCCCAAACGACAAUGGACGAGAGGCAAAAUAUCAGGCCCCAAACGACAAUGGACGAGAACCACAAGAUCAGGCCCCAAACGACAAUGGACGAGAGACACAAGGUCAGGCCCCAAACGACAUUGGACGAGAGGCACAAGAUCAGGCCCCAAACGACAUUGGACGAGAGGCACAAGGCACAAGAUCAAGCCCCAAACGACAUUGGACGAGAGGCACAAGGUCAAGCCCCAAACGACAUUAGGCGAGAGGCACAAGGUCAAGCCCAAAACGACAAUGGACGAGAGGCAGAAGGUCAGGCCCCAAACGACAAUGGACGAGAGACACAAGGUCAGGCCCCAAACGACAUUGGACGAGAGGCACAAUAUCAGGCCCCAAACGACAAUGGACGAGAGGCACAAGAUCAGGCCCCAAACGACAAUGGACGAGAGACACAAGGUCAGGCCCCAAACGACAUUGGACGAGAGGCACAAGAUCAGGCCCCAAACGACAUUGGACGAGAGGCACAAGCCCCAUAUGACACUGGACGAGAGGCACCAGGUCAAGCCCCAAACGACAUUGGACGAGAGGCACAAGGUCAAGCCCCGAAUGACAUUGGACGAGAGGCACAAGGUCAGGCCCCAAACGACAAUGGACGAGAGGCACCAGGUCAAGCCCCAAACGACAAUGGACGAGAGGCACAAGAGGUACAAUAUCAAGCCCCAAACCACAUUGGACGUGAGGCACAAGAUCAAGCCCCAAACGACAUUGGACGAGAGGCACAAGGUCAAGCCCCAAACGACAUUAGGCGAGAGGCACAAGGUCAAGCCCAAAACGACAAUGGACGAGAGAAACAAGGUCAGGCCCCAAACGACAUUGGACGAGAGACACAAGGUCAGGCCCCAAACGACAAUGGACGAGAGGCACAAUAUCAGGCCCCAAACGGCAAUGGACGAGAGGCAAAAGAUCAGGCCCCAAACGACAAUGGACGAGAGACACAAGGUCAGGCCCCAAACGGCAUUGGACGAGAGGCACAAGAUCAGGCCCCAAACGACAUUGGACGAGAGGCACAAGAGGCACAAUAUCAAGCCCCAAACCACAUUGGACGUGAGGCACAAGAUCAAGCCCCAAACGACAUUGGACGAGAGGCACAAGGUCAAGCCCCAAACGACAUUAGGCGAGAGGCACAAGGUCAAGCCCAAAACGACAAUGGACGAGAGGCAGAAGGUCAGGCCCCAAACGACAAUGGACGAGAGACACAAGGUCAGGCCCCAAACGACAUUGGACGAGAGGCACAAUAUCAGGCCCCAAACGACAAUGGACGAGAGGCACAAGAUCAGGCCCCAAACGACAAUGGACGAGAGACACAAGGUCAGGCCCCAGACGACAUUGGACGAGAGGCACAAGAUCAGGCCCCAAACGACAUUGAACGAGAGGCACAAGAGGCACAAUAUCAAGCCCCAAACCACAUUGGACGUGAGGCACAAGAUCAAGCCCCAAACGACAUUGGACGAGAGGCACAAGGUCAAGCCCCAAACGACAUUAGGCGAGAGGCACAAGGUCAAGCCCAAAACGACAAUGGACGAGAGACACAAGGUCAGGCCCCAAACGACAUUGGACGAGAGACACAAGGUCAGGCCCCAAACGACAAUGGACGAGAGGCACAAUAUCAGGCCCCAAAUAGCAAUGGACGAGAGGCACAAGAUCAGGCCCCAAACGACAAUGGACGAGAGACACAAGGUCAGGCCCCAAACGACAUUGGACGAGAGGCAAAAGAUCAGGCCCCAAACGACAUUGGACGAGAGGCACAAGAGGCACAAUAUCAAGCCCCAAACCACAUUGGACGUGAGGCACAAGAUCAAGCCCCAAACGACAUUGGACGAGAGGCACAAGGUCAAGCCCCAAACGACAUUAGGCGAGAGGCACAAGGUCAAGCCCAAAACGACAAUGGACGAGAGGCUCAAGGUCAGGCCCCAAACGACAAUGGACGAGAGACACAAGGUCAGGCCCCAAACGACAUUGGACGAGAGGCACAAUAUCAGGCCCCAAACGACAAUGGACGAGAGGCACAAGAUCAGGCCCCAAACGACAAUGGACGAGAGACACAAGGUCAAGCACAAAACGACAAUGGACGAGAGGCACAAGGUCAGGCCCCAAACGACAAUGAACGAGAGGUACAAGGUUAA